CUCCCACCCGCCGCCCGCCCAGGCACUGCCCGCGGGAGCCGCCGCCGCCGCCGCCGCGCCCGCCAUGGACGUCCGCCUGUACCCCUCGGCGCCCGCGGUGGGCGCGCGGCCUGGGGCCGAGCCGGCCGGCCUGGCGCACCUGGACUAUUACCACUGCGGCAAGUUUGAUGGUGACAGUGCCUACGUGGGGAUGAGUGACGGGAACCCAGAGCUGCUAUCGACCAGCCAGACCUACAACAGCCAGAGCGAGAGCAACGAAGACUAUGAGAUCCCCCCGAUAACACCUCCCAACCUCCCUGAGCCAUCCCUCUUGCACCUGGGGGACCACGAAGCUGGCUACCACUCGCUGUGCCACGGCCUCACGCCCAACGGACUCCUCCCUGCCUACUCCUACCAGGCCAUGGACCUCCCAGCCAUCAUGGUGUCCAACAUGCUGGCCCAGGACAGCCACCUGCUGUCGGGCCAGCUGCCCACGAUCCAGGAGAUGGUCCACUCGGAGGUUGCUGCCUACGACUCGGGCCGGCCUGGGCCCCUCCUGGGCCGCCCGGCGAUGCUGGCCAGCCACAUGAGUGCCCUCAGCCAAUCCCAGCUCAUCUCUCAGAUGGGCAUCCGGAGUGGCAUCGCCCACAGCUCCCCGUCACCCCCAGGGAGCAAGUCAGCGACGCCGUCUCCCUCCAGUUCAACUCAGGAGGAGGAAUCAGAAGCGCAUUUCAAGAUGUCCGGAGAGAAGAGACCCUCGGCUGACCCAGGAAAAAAGACCAAGAACCCAAAGAAGAAGAAGAAGAAGGACCCCAAUGAGCCUCAGAAGCCUGUGUCGGCCUAUGCACUCUUCUUCAGAGACACUCAGGCCGCCAUCAAGGGACAGAACCCCAGUGCCACCUUUGGAGAUGUGUCCAAAAUCGUGGCCUCUAUGUGGGACAGCUUGGGAGAGGAGCAGAAGCAGGCCUACAAGAGGAAGACCGAGGCAGCAAAAAAGGAGUAUCUGAAGGCUCUGGCAGCCUACAGGGCUAGCCUCGUAUCCAAGAGCUCCCCAGACCAGGGCGAGACCAAGGGCACUCAGGCAAACCCGCCGGCCAAAAUGCUGCCACCCAAGCAGCCCCUUUAUGCCAUGCCGGGCCUGGCCUCCUUCCUGACGCCAUCGGACCUGCAGGCCUUCCGCAGCGGGGCCUCUCCCGCCAGCCUUGCCCGGACGCUGAGCUCCAAGUCACUGCUGCCUGGCCUCAGCGCAUCCCCGCCACCGCCCCCCUCCUUCCCUCUCAGCCCUCCACUGCACCAGCAGCUGCCGCUGCCGCCCCAUGCCCAGGGUGCCCUCCUCAGUCCGCCUGUUAGCAUGUCUCCAGCCCCCCAGGCUCCUGUCCUGCCCACCCCCAUGGCACUGCAGGUGCAGCUGGCUAUGAGCCCCUCACCUCCAGGGCCACAGGACUUCCCUCACAUCUCUGAGUUCCCCAGUGGGUCCGGAUCCCGCUCACCCGGCCCGUCCAAUCCCCCAAGCAGCAGCGGAGACUGGGACAGCAGUUACCCCAGCGCGGAGUGUGGCGUCAGCACGUGCAGCCUGCUCCCCAGGGAUAAAUCGCUCUACCUCACCUAAUCCCGCCUCCCCUCUCCUCCCUGAGGCUUGCUGGAGGGGCACUGCUCCGAGCCUGAAGGGCCCACAGCAGAAGGGGAGCCUUGGCAGGAAGCGGGGUGACCGGAAAGAGACGGCAGUGACACACGGAUGCCCCGGGGCCUCGUCUCUUCCUCCACCUCACACCAGACUCUGCAGAGGCAGCCCGCAGCCCUGCCGCCAGCCCAAAGAACCUGCAGGAACCUUCUGCCCCUGACCUGCUUGCUCCAGGGUUACCGUGGACCCCGCUCCUCGCCCUGCACGCCGUACUCUGCAUCUGGACGUCUGGCCCCAGCCC